AUGACAAACCCGACUUACAAGGACCUGAAGACGGCCAAGAUGUUCAUGAAGAGUCCGGCUUUGGCAGUGACAAAUGUCCCAGUGAUUAGCAAGAACAGGCCUCUGAGACAGCGUCUGACAACUGUGAUCCUGAAGUUUUACCUGAGGUUGCGCCACAAUACAAUGACCCUCGGGUCCCUGAACCGGCUUUUAGCAUGGACAACUACAGCGCAAGAGAUGUCGAUCACUGGGCUAGAACUCUGUCGGCCGAUCAAUUUGAACAACUACGAAUCUUAG